UGUGGACAUAAAAAGGCGAGUUAACGCAUUUUUUUAUUUUUUUUUUUUUUUUGUAAAUGUGAGGUUACAUUUUUGACAGUUGACAGAUGAGCAAGGUUAUGUCAUUGCAAAAAUCGCAUUUUAAUGAAAAUAUGAUGCUAACACAAUAAAUUGACAAUAAAAUUGGACGCGUACCGUCGUUGGCGCAUAAUGUUAGCUCUCAGAACCGCAAGUUCGUUGAUCAGGGUGGUUAAUUUCCGCGCACCGAAAACUAAGGUUAGGACACUGUUAAGUCCAAAUAUCCGCUACAUUUCAAAGACGACAAUCUUUUUCAACAACAAGAAUGAGACCCUCCCUGUGCGAAUCGUCGGUAGUGCCCCUAAGUCAGUGCAACCCUACUUGAAACUAAUGCGACUUGACAAACCAAUCGGCACAUGGUUGCUGUUCUGGCCCUGUGGCUGGGGCAUAGCCUCGGCGGCCGCGCCUGGGUGUUUCCCCGAUCCCUACAUGCUGGCCUUAUUUGGAACGGGGGCUGUAAUCAUGCGGGGCGCCGGCUGCACAAUCAACGAUAUGUGGGACCGCGAUAUCGAUUCAAAGGUCGCACGAACCAAAGACCGGCCUUUAGUCAACGGCGAUGUUUCUAUGAAAGCCGCUUGGGUUUUUCUUGCGGGUCAGUUAAGCCUGGGUUUGGCCGUUUUGUUACAAUUAAACUGGUAUAGUGUGUUCCUGGGAGCAAGUUCCAUGGGUCUAGUCAUAAGUUAUCCGCUAAUGAAGCGCUUCACCUAUUGGCCCCAGUUGGUGCUAGGGCUGACGUUCAACUGGGGCGUCCUCUUGGGGUACAGUGCCAUCAAGGGGCACGUCGAUUUGCCUGUUUGCUUGCCAUUGUAUUUAGCUUCGGUGUGUUGGACUAUAAUUUACGACACGAUUUAUGCGCAUCAAGACCGGGCUGAUGAUUAUAAGUUGGGGAUUAAGUCGACGGCGCUUAAGUUUGAUAGGGAUACGAAGUUGUGGUUGAGUGGAUUUAGUGCUGUGAUGAUGGGAGGGGUUGUGCUCUCAGGGAUUAUGAAUGAGAUGGCGUGGCCAUACUACGCCUCCACUGCUUUAGUGGCCUCACAUCUUGCCUCCCAGUUAUUUACACUCAACAUUGACAAUGCCAGUGAUUGUUCGAAUAAAUUCGUGUCGAAUGCGCAAGUCGGAUUGAUCCUGUUCUGUGGAAUAGUCUUAGGAAAUUAUUUCAAAAAAGAUAAAGGCAAAAAGGAAAAUUUUCAUUCCGCCAAUGUAUUAGUUACUUAAUUGUAAUUCAAACGUUUCCUCAAAUAAAUUAUUUAUAAUUA